GUCCUGCUGCUCCUGCUGGGCCUGUGGCUGAGCCUGGGCGACAACCUGGAGCUCGCCACGUGGCCGGUGGUGCGGGGGAACUUCAACAUGUCCAAGGUCGAGGGGGACUGGUUCUCGGUCGCCACGGCCUCGGACGACAUGGGCUGGAUCCAGGAGAACGGGGACCUGCGGCUGUUCGUCCGGAGCAUCGAGCACCUGAGCAACGGCAGCCUGAGAUUCAACUUCCGCUUCAAGGUGCAGCGCCAGUGCGUGACUGUGGACGUGGUCUGCAUGAAGACGCGGCAGAACGGGGCGUUCUCCAUCGCCUACAAGGGGGAGAACACGGUCACCAUCCUUGAGACGGACUACAACCAGCAAAUCACCUUGCACAUGCAGAACAUCAGGAACGGGACCAAGACCCAAGUGCUGGCUCUCUACGGACGGUACCCAUAUCUGGAGUCCUCCUUCCUGGACAAAUUCAAAGCAAUCUGCAAAAAGUACGGACUGAGCUCAAAAAACAUCAUCGAGAUGACCAGGCUAGAUGACUGCUUCUAAAAGUAGCAGAGGUGCAGCACGCCCAGGCCUCCGGUGGUUGUCAUCAUCAGCUUGGGGGCCACCCGGGCCCUACAUCUCCUCCUCUCGAGACCGGCAACUCCACCGCAUGUGCAGACCCCAUCACAGGCACCCCGGCACCAGCACACGAACAUGUCUCUCUGGCGAUGCCGUCCAGUCCCCUCCACCCCCGGGCACAGGCACCAUUCCCAGAAAAGACCCCCCGGAGCCCCCUCCCCUCCCGAGACCCCUCCUGCCCAUGGGAGAUUCUUCAUCAGAGACCGGGACCCUGUCCACCCGAACCUCUCCAGAACUCGCACCGCAGCUCCGUGCGACACCACCCGGCCACAG